UUUUGAACAACUGAAUGUCAGACGACACACGCACGCUUCACACACGCACUCACUUCAACCUUCACAUCACUACAUCCCAUGAUCCUUUGCGCGGGUCUCACAAGUGGAUCCAAGAUGGCGUAGAAAGUAAAGCUAGAAGUUUUGUCCCUGAGUCAUGGCAGACAGGAGAGCGGAGAAAUCAUGUGAAGAAGCCAGCAGAUCGUUAGUCAGGCGGGAGUAUGAGGCGGUAGUCAGCCACAGCACUAACACCUUGGCGGUCCUUGCUCCCCAAGUGCAGUCCACUGGCGCCCCUGCCUCGCCAAGCCCACCUUCCGGAAACCUCCACAGUCGUGCCCUGCUUUACCGCAUCGCUGCCUUUCUUCAGCUGAAAAAAUAUGAUGAUGCAGAUCAAGACUGCAAACAUGUCCUGGCAGAAGAUAGGGCAAAGGGAGACGGUUCGCUCCAGGCCAGCUUGCGCUCCAUGCAGUUGGAUGGCAGCCUGCAGGAAGUGGCCAGCAUCCUCUCUAAGGCCUUGUUUGGAGAGCCAAUGAACGGCAUUGUUGCAAAAGACAUAUCCCGAUUAAAAAUACUCUUUACGGAAAUAGAGGCUAUAAAGAAGAGCGAGAUGGCACCGGAAUACACAGAUGACCAGGAGGAGGAGGUCCAGGAUGGCUGGCAGUUCAGGCCCCCCCCACGAGGAGUCACCAGUAGUGAGGAGUACACACUCUGUAAAAGGUACUUGGAGCAGGGUCUGUGCAGGUAUGGGGCCCAGUGCACAUCAGCCCACUCACAGGAGGAGCUGAUGGAAUGGCAGAAGCGCUAUGCGUCACGCCUCAUCCGUCUCAAGCAACAGCAAGAGAGCAAACACUUCACCGAAAACUACAUGGAAACAUUAAUAGAGAAGUGGAUGAACUCUCUCUCCCCUGAGAAAGUGCUAAGCGACUGCUUAGAAGGCGUGAAUGUUGAAACCAGCUCAAGCCUCUCUGUCACCGUCACCACCAAAAAAUCAUCUCACUCUUGGACCUUCUCAUUGCUGUGCAAGCCUCCCAGAAAGCUAUAUCGCAUAGCCUUGCUCUAUGAUGCCCACAGACCACACUUCUCCAUCACUGGGGUCUCUGCUGGGGAGCAACUACAAAUUGUCCAUGCUAGCUGUCAAGAGUGGACUCCACAAAAGGAAACAGCAGUAACAGACAAUGGCAUGGACCAUUGUGUCUACAAGGUCGCUGUGGACUUCACCACAGAGAUUUUUGGCACCUUCAGACAGACAAUAGUUUUUGACUUUGGCUCAGAACCAGUUCUGAUGCAGCGGAUUAUGGUGGAUGCUGCAUCUAUUGAAGACUUGGAACAUCUUAUGGCAGCCAAGCAGCAGCUCUUGAUGACCACAAAACGCUGGGACUCUUCCUGUAAGACAAUAGUUGAGUUCACGCCCAAUGAGACCAUGUCUGAUCUGGAGCGAAGUCUCCUUUCCCGCUAUCAAAUCCCUCUGUCGGCGGACCAGCUCUUCACCCAGUCAGUCCUGGACAAGGCACUGACCAAAGACAACUACCAGGCCCGGUUGCAUGAUCUCCUCUACAUAGAGGAGAUUGCACAAUUCAAGGAAGUUAGCAAGUUUAACAUCAGAGUGAACCUACAGCUUGUAAGCAGCUUCAUGCUGACUGGCAUUUCUGUGGGAGCUAAGUAUGCCCAGAAUGGACAACUCUUUGCACGUUUUAAACUCACAAAAACACUGUCUGAGGAAACACUGGCAGGACGACUGGUGAUGACCAAGGUGCAUUCGGUCCUCUUCCUGCCUUUGGGCUGGGAGGGCCUCAGCAACCAGCCACCUCCAGGAGUCAAAGAGCGUGUUUAUGAGGCUGUGAUUGAAGAGAAGACCAAGGAUUACAUCUUCCUAAGGAUCUGUAAAGACUGCUGUGAUGAACUUGGACUACAACCAGACAGAAAAAUCCAGGUGGAGCUCCAAUUCCAGCUGAACAGGUUGCCACUGUGUGAGAUGCAUUAUGCCUUGGAUCGCAUCAAAGAUGGCAAAGACAAUGGCAUCCUUUUCCCUGAUGUUAGCUUUGUCCCAACCAUCCCCUGGAGCCCCAACAGGCAGUGGGAUGAACAGCUGGAUCCUCGUCUGAAUGCCAAGCAGAAAGAGGCCAUCCUCGCGAUCACAACCCCAAUAACUGUCCCCCUGCCCCCUGUCCUCAUCAUUGGACCCUAUGGCACUGGCAAGACAUUCACCCUGGCACAGGCUGUCAAGCACAUCCUACGCCAGGACAACAGCAGGGUUUUGAUCUGCACCCACUCAAACAGUGCAGCUGACCUUUACAUUAAGGACUACCUUCAUCCUUAUGUUGAAGCAGGCAAUCCACAUGCCAGACCUCUCAGGGUAUAUUUUCGGAACCGCUGGGUGAAGACGGUCCACCCAGUGGUCCAGCAGUACUGUCUCAUCUCCAGCACACAGGUCACUUUUCAAAUGCCCACAAGGGAUGACAUCCUCAGGCACCGUGUGGUUGUGGCCACCCUCAGCACUUCCCAGUACCUCUGCCAACUUGACUUGGAACCUGGCCUGUUCACUCAUAUUUUGUUGGAUGAAGCUGCUCAGGCCAUGGAGUGUGAGACUAUCAUGCCUUUUGCCUUAGCGAGCAAUACCACCCGCAUUGUGUUGGCUGGAGACCAUAUGCAGCUCAGCCCAUUUGUGUACAGCGAGUUUGCCCGAGAGCGAAACCUGCACGUGUCCUUGUUAGACCGACUGUACGAGCAUUAUCCUUCUGAGUUCCCAUGCCGCAUCCUUCUGUGCGAGAAUUACCGCUCCCAUGAAGCAAUCAUCAACUACACAUCAGAGUUGUUUUAUGAUGGGAAGUUGAUGGCAAGUGGAAAACAGCCUUCUCAUAAGGACUUCUACCCGCUCACCUUCUUCACCGCUCGAGGAGAAGAUGUCCAGGAGAAGAACAGCACUGCCUACUACAACAACGCUGAGGUGUUUGAGAUUGUGGAGCGAGUAGAGGAAUUGCGCAAGAAGUGGCCGGUGGCUUGGGGCAAGCUGGACGAGGGCAGCAUUGGAGUGGUUUCGCCAUAUUCCGAUCAAGUCUUUCGCAUUCGUGCUGAGCUCAGAAAGAAGAGAAUGUAUGAGGUCAGCGUGGAAAGAGUACUCAAUGUCCAAGGUAAGCAGUUCCGAGUCCUGUUCCUGAGCACUGUGCGGACACGGCAUACCUGCAAGCAUAAGCAGACGGCCAUCAAGAGGAAAGAGCAGCUGGUGGAGGACUCCACAGAGGACCUGGACUAUGGAUUUUUGUCCAACUACAAGCUGCUGAACACAGCCAUCACAAGAGCUCAGUCACUGGUUGCAGUUGUGGGAGACCCAAUUGCACUGUGCUCUGUUGGACGCUGCAGAAAGUUCUGGGAGCAUUUUAUUUCCAUCUGCCAUGAAAAUGCAAGCCUCCAUGGCAUCACCUUCGAGCAGAUUAAGUCUCAGCUAGAAGCCCUGGAGCUAAAGAAGACCUAUGUUCUCAACCCGCUGGCUCCAGAAUUUAUCCCUCGCGCCCUCAGGCCAAUGCAAGGCCACCAAUCGUCUUCACAGGCACUGCAUCCCCACCACCACCAUCCGCAGCAUGUGCAGACUACCCCUGCAAAGCAGGUACAACAGCAACAGUCACCCCCUAAGGGAAAACAUGCAAACCAUACAGAGCACCUUCCAUCUGAAGGAUAUGUCCAGCCCAGUCCAGCUGUUCUAAUGGGAAACCCAAUCCAGGCAUUUACACCGCCUGUGGGUGGCACCCCAGCUGGCAUGGGCAAGUCGCCCAGUCCUGUUCAAAGGAUCGACCCUCACACAGGCGCCAGCAUCCUUUACGUUCCGGCAGUAUAUGGUGGAAACAUGGUCAUGCCCAUGCCGCUGCCUUUGCCUUGGCCAGGUUAUCAGAACCGCUUUGCUGUUGACCCACGUAUCAUGAGCCACCAGGCAGCUAUGGCAUACAACUUCAACCUAUUGCAGGCACAGAAUCGAGGCUCCCCAAUUCCUUGCAGUGGAGUGGCACAACCAUCUCCUCUUGGAGUGGGUCAACCAAGCCCCGACAUAGAUCUACAAUCAGAUGCAAUCAGAAAUGGCAAAUUAGAAGGAUGUCCCAAGUCAGAGCCAAGCUGUCUUCAGACCACAGAGAGAAAAAACACAGAAAUGAAGGACAAACAGGGGGAUUUUGACACAGGUCAAAGUCGAAGUCUGGAAUCACAGACUGAUGGGCUCGCUGGUUUCCCCAAUGCACUGCUCCACAGAAAAGACCCAUCAGCCGCCCAGAGAGCCCUCAACUACCACUUGGCACCACCCAACCCAGCGUUCCCCCCUCAUCCUGUCAACGGAAGAGCGCUCCCUCAACAGUGUCCGGUCUCAAGGCUACCUUAUCGGGUCAACCAGCCUCAACAUCCAGGGAUGGUCCAGCAGAAUCAACAGCUCAGCCCUGCCUUCCCAGGUGGAGGCCACAAUGCAUCCUUCUUUAGUGGUCACAUUGCCCCUCAUAGGGCUAUCCAGUCCCCCACUUCGGAUGGGCCAGAGUCUGCAGGAGUAGAAGAAAUGGGUAACGCCAUCAGGACUCCAAUGGGUCACGCAGGCGGACAUCACCCAAAUCUAUCACGGCACAACAACAGAGUCAACAGUUUUGGGGAGGAUGGACAAGAUGGAAUUCUGGGAGAUGGUCUUGACCUUCGGGGCCCCUUGGCUCUAGAGGUCCUGAACCAACAGCAGCAGGCUGCCAGGCUCGGUCAGUGGAGUGAACCAGCAGGCCCUUUCCUACAGGGCGGGGUCGCCUUCCCUCUGCCCCAGCAAAUUCCUCACCUUGCUCAGCCGGGCAUGACUCGCUUUUCCCAUCAGCUGCUACGUGCAACUAGUUGGGGUCUCAGUGCCAAUGUGGAGGAUGAAGCUGGUUCUGUUGCUUCCACUGGUCCACCUUUCAACAGGUACACAGGCCUCCUGAGAGAGAUCCCUUUACAGGAGCAGCCUGAAGCAAGGGAAGCAAGUGAAAUUCAACCACCUCCCCAAUCUCGCCUCCUUCAGUAUCGACAGACCCGUGCCUCUGGUGACCCCUCAUCUCCUUUAGCUGCCACUUCAAAUCAUGCCGGUCCGUUUCCAUCUGGACCGUACGCCCACGAAAGCAGUCGAGAUCAUCUUAACAACAACCUUGUCAACAAUGCAGCUCUGCCACAGCACCCUGUUGGAAAUCCCCUUUAUAGUAGCAGUUGCUACCCACAUCAGACACCAGCUCACCCUGCAAGCCCCCCUCCAUCCCAGGUCAAAUAUCUUCUGCAGGAGGCCCAGUGGUCUCAGGGUGGAGGUGCAUCUGUGAGCCCACCUCAACAGAACCACCUGUUAAACAGCCAGGGCCAUGGCCUUCCAUACGGACUGCCCAUCAUGGCGCAGCCCAGCAGGCAGGAGCAGGUCCAUUUGAUGCAGCUUCACCAGCACCAGCAGCAGCAGCAGCAGCAGCCUCAGCCUCAGCCUCAGCAGAAUCAAGGUCAAGACCAGGGGUCCUACCACUCAUUGUCACCUAGAACAUCUGCAACCACUGCUCUGCACAGUGUAGAUGAGUAUGAACCCAGAGGGCCAGGUCGGCCCCUCUAUCAGCGUCGCAUUUCCUCCAGCUAUCCAGAUGAAUCCUCCCCUGCCAAUGCCCACAAUGCAACAUCCCAGCUGUCCCAGGAACCCCCUCAUCCUCACAUGCAGCAGCAGCACCCGCAUGCUCGCUAUAGUUACCCCUCACAUGAGCUCUGGCCCAGUAACGGUGGUGGUCCCAGUCACUUCCAGAACAUUCCAUGUAAUGGAGGGGGGACCCUCAUUCAUCAUCGUGACCUUUUAGCUUCCAAGGCUCUGCGUCAGAUAGAGGAGCAGCAGGUGAAGGUGGAAUCUACAGCACCACAGCAGCCACACCCACAUGCACUCAACUCCCUUCAGCACGCCGGACAGUUCCCUCCCCUCAUGCCCAAUAAUAGCAAGCAGCAGCCACAGCAGGCUGCCCCAGAGCCCAUUCAAGCAGCUCCGAAUUUAAACAAAGCACCCACUAUGUCCUAUGCCAGUGCUCUACGUGCUCCGCCCAAACCUCGAGCCAUUCGCCCAGAGCAGGCCAAAAAGAACAGCGACCCACUCUCGCUCCUGCAGGAGCUCAGUAUAGGAAGUUCAGAUGGUAGCAAUGGCUACUAUUCUUACUUCAAAUGAGUGUCAUCCCUACCACAUAAUAUAUAACACCCUAAAAUAUAAAACGCAUUGAAAAAAAAAAGAAAAAUCCUUCGAAAAAUACAAAAAAAAUAUAGUGCAAAGUUUCUAUCAGUAGGUUUUUUGCAUUUUUUUCCAUUUUAAACCUUUUAUUUGUAACAGUUAUCUCCUGUUUCACAUAUCUGUGAAGAAAAUAAGUAUAUAUAAUGAAUGCAUUACUGGUAUAUAUACAUAGUCAUUAUGUAUAUAUGAACAUAUAUACUUAUAUUAUCUACACUUGUAUAUGUACGUAAUGCUUAAAAAAAGCUUAUUAAAACAUUUAAGAUAUUUGGUUGGCCACUUAGCUUCCUUGCAUUUUUACUCCCAGAUUGAAGUUGGUUUUGCUGGUUACUAAACACACGUGUUGACAUUUCUGUCAAGAUCAUUUUCAAUGUCUGAAUUUUCAUAUGACUAUAGUUGUGGUAAUGGCCAAAAGCUAAGUGGUCAGCUGACAAAAAAUCUACAUGGAGAAGUGUAUAGAAGUAGUUUCCUCUAAUCUGUACAUAUAAAGAAAAUAAAGACUGAAUUGUAUGCCACAGACAAUUCCUUAAAUUAUUGUAAACCCUUAUGUUUUUAAACAUGUUGGACACGCUGGACAGCCCAUUAACCCUAAUUGGGUUGUUUAAGUACAUGUAUGAAUAGUUUCCCUCUUCAUUAUAAGCUUUUGGAUCUCUUAAUUCAUCUACAAUAUAGAUAGUGGUUUAUUUUGUUUUUUUUUAAUUAACCACUUAAAUUUUCUGUAAUAAUACCCACAAACUUCUCCUUUUGUGGUCACUUUUUAAUCUGUAUUAUGACCUCUUCUAAAAGGAUAUGGCAUGUGCAGUCAGCAGGACAAGAGUUGUGGUUUUUUUUGGAAGGUGACAGCAUCGUGAUGGUUCGUGAAAGUGAAGAGAGUGUGAUGGUGUGGCAUUGUGAGUCAUUGUGGGGAAACACUGCCAGAUAAACACACAGUUUUUAUUUGGAGGAGACAGACAAACCUUAAGAAUUUGCAAAGAAAGAGUGACACAUUUGUGGCUUUAAUGAAGAUCUGACUGUAGCACACACUGUUGGUGAUUGGCUGCUCCUGAUUGCUUUCCCUAUAAGACAAUCUGUCAAUGUGAAUAAUCCUUGUGGUGAUAGAAAAGGUCCAUUCUUACAAGAUUAUUAAAGUAAUGCAUUAAUCAGACUUUACAAUGCUUUUCAUUCUGUUGAAAUUAGUUUAGAAAUGCAGUCGAUCUUUUUUUUUGUCAAAUUAUUAUUUGUAUUUAAUUUGGUUUUAUAUUGUAAUACCCCCGCCUGAUUUUCACUUUCCUUUUGAAAACCAUGCAGUUUUAUGAACUUCACUGCUGCUUGAAAACAGUCUACAUAUGAUGAAAGAAAAUAAGAUGCCACCAGUUUGUUUUAAGGAUCACUCCUGUCGCAGUUAGUACUGCUUUUAUCUCCACUGCCCUGCUUGGCCCAAACUAGUGAUGACAUCCUACGGUGCCAUGAUUUUCAUACAGCAGUCAAAACUUCUUAGAAUGUGAAAAGUGACCUGCUUAUCUCCUCUAACUUGUGGUUUCAUUGACAUUGUGAUCAGAGGUCCAGAUUUUUUUGUUGUCAGUUAACAGUAUCGCGCUGAUCAACAUACUUGUAAAUAUGCAUUUUUUUAGGUAUUUACAGACCCUAAAUUUGGUAACCGCCUCAAUUUUUGUAGAUGCUGUUCAGAGGUAUGUCCUUUUGAAUUAUGCAAAUUCACAAAAAAAAUGUAGUCUUACAAAAAAAAUAAAUAGACGCGAACCCAGUUGGUAGUUUUUAGAUGUUUUUGUUCAUGAUGGCUGAUGACAAGUUUUGUUGCUCAACUCUUUUUUUUUUCACUGUACAAUACUUAACGUUGCUGUUCAACUUUUGUGCCACAUCACAACGAUAAUACUACAAUCAACAUAUAUUCUUUUUAUUGCAUGUUCAUUUUGGUUUGUUUUUUUUCAUUCCCGUUUUUAUUUUGUAUCAAUUUUUGGUGGGGAAAAAAAACAUGCUUUUAUUCAACUCUUACGCAGUCAAAAAUUCUUGGUGUAGUCGUUGUGUAUGAUGUGACACUAUAAACCAGCUAUUCUGUUUUGCUAACAUGUCAUUCAACAGUGUAACGGUCAUGUAUGUUUGUGUGUUAUCCAAGCAGGGCUAAAGCUGAGGUUGCUCCCUAUAGUGUGUCUGAUGAAGCCUCGUAAACGCUCCUUGGCUAAACUUGUGCAAUAUUAAUAUUUCAGGCGGAAGACAUUGAGCCAAAGACUAUUAAAGGGAUUUUUUUUCUUUUAUUUAGUUUGUCAUUUCCCUGGUCCCCAUCUCUUUAAAUAUCAGUUGAACAAAUGAAUUUUGCUUGGCCACCCCUUUUAACGGGCCCCAUUGAUGUGAGAUUUGGCCGCCUUUUUGAAGAACGCAAAACUUGAGCGUUGUGACACACUGGGGAGCAACAUUUGGCCCAGCCAGUAGAAAUCAGUGUGUCCAUUUGUUUUUGUCAUCCUUUUACUCUCCUGUGUUCUUCCCUGCAGUAAGUCUGUACUGACACACCUGUUAGCCCCGCCCCACCCCAGACAGCCCACUGGGGGCACAAAGUACUGAAUAGAUCUGUUUUACUCUUAUCCAUUUCAAUUGAUGGUGGUAAUAAAGGAUUUAGACUGUG